UCUCGCCCAGCAAGCCGUGCUAACCGGCGGAUUUUAGACGGCCGCCGCUAGCGCUAUUCGAAUAGAUAAUAGCGACUGUCUCAAACCGGUCGGUUAUCGCAUAGAAAAUUCUGACAGUUCAGAGCCGUCACGAGAAAUGAUGUCGUUUUUAUUACAUUUUUUGAUAAAUUAUUAUUCUCGUUUCGAUCCGGCGACAUCGGCUUAUCGAUUUUCCUAUUUAACGCGCCACUGUAUUUUGUACAUUUUCGAAAGAUCGACGUCUCUGUGUCUAAGCGCUUUCGAAAAACGUUUCAUAAGUAUUUUCUCGCGGCGAACGGACGUCGAGCGGGUUAUUGUAAAUUGGUAAUAAUUUCGUUCAUUACAGAGUAAUACAGUGCUAGAAUAUGGGUUAAUACUCUACAAGGAAUACCCGUUAGUGCAAUCGUUGACAAAGUGUUUAGAUUAGAAAUAUUAAGCAUGUUUGUUUUGUGGUAACUGUGAGAGUUUUAUUAUUUUGUUUGUAUAUUAAUUGUGUAUAGUGCAUUCCGUUUGUGAAAGUAUACAGCAGAAUUUUCUUUUUAUGAUCACGGAUGGUCAUAUUAGUGGCAUCGGAUGCAUUACUUGUAAUCAACGUUCGUACGAUUUCUGAAGGCAGACUUACAAAUCGACUGCUCGCCAAUGAAGACCAGUAAUGACAUCCGGCCAUAGAUACUUACUGUAAAAAGAACCACCGAAGGAGUACAUUCCAAAAUAGCUAAACCCCCUCUUUUUGUAUAGACUGUAUGUAAAAAUAAACAAUAAAAACUGACCAAAAUUUUUCUACCAAACUUUUGAAAGCAACCAAAGUGCUUGAAUAAGGAACAUGAUGGUGCCGCAGCAGUACUGCCUCAGGUGGAAACACCACCACUCGAACGUCCAGAGUAUGUUCGCUCAGCUCCUCGAGAAAGAACGCUUCUGCGAUGUUACGUUAUACUGUUCGCCGAACUUCGCUACUCAAGUACCUAACAAGGACACCGUCGAUCCGCAGAACAUACGCGGGGUGUCACUCAGGGCGCACAGAGUUGUAUUGGCAGCAUGCUCCGAGCUGCUCGGGGCGCUGCUGGGUGCUCACGAAGCCCAAGGUGAGCCGGUCCUCGUCAUAGACGGCGCUGAACCGCGACACCUCAAGGCUCUCCUCGACUACAUGUACACCGGGGAGAUGAACGUGCACCACACCCAAUUGGCUGGUCUGCUGAAGACGGCCGAAGAACUUCGUAUAAAAGGGCUCACGGAUAUUCGGUGGAAUAAUAAGGAUGAACCCCCCGAUUGUACUACAGGAGCAGUAACGACAACCGCACACGAGAAACGACCGGCAGACGUGAAAGCGAUCGAGAGACAUGAACACAAAAACGUGGAAAAGACGCACGAUUGCAAGAACACACAAGAGAAGAAUACACAGGACUUGAAGAAUACGCAAAACACAAAGAAUACUCAAGAGAAGAAUGUCGAUAGGAAGACGCCAGAGUUCGAGAGUCAGAUCGAACCAGAGGAAAUGGAAGACUUGAAUAAGGAAAAGUUUAAUGUCAAUGGUGGACCACCGCCUUUAAUAAAACUGCCGACCAAAGAGAAGAACAGCAUCCCUAAUCCUAAGAGAGAAAUGUCGGACACAGAGAGUCCAAGUCCGAAGCGUCAGAGGGUGAUCAGCACGACGGAGCACACGGACGACGAAAACAGCGGGCAAAUUAAAUCUGAAAGGGAUCAAGAAUGGCGGCAUGGAAAUUUAGAUAUCACUGCGGAGCGCGUUGUGGGGUGGGGGGCAGGCGAGGGGCCGGAGGGGGACUGGUCGCGCGACCAGUCGGACGACGAAUGGGCCGACCCACCCGCCGACAUCGGCUCCUUCUUACGGACAAAGCUGAGGGUGGACGGCGAUAACAGUGGCGACGAGGAGUCGGACGGCAGCGCGGGCGCGCGCGCGCACGCGUCGUCGUCGUCGUCGUCGGCCGGCACCGCGCACAUCGACUACGUCAAGCCGAACAAGUUGGGAAUGCAAGAUCCACGAUUCAUGGAUGUCGUGAAGUUGAACGAUUACCUCCAGCAUGGAAGACGGCCUCAGUUCUGGGAGGAGAAUUACGUGAAGAGGGUGAUGGAAGCCGUCCGUCUCAAGGAGUUGGAGAUGAAACAGGCAGCGGAAAUACUCGGCGUCAGCUACGGCACUCUGUACGGCAGAUACCGGGAUGUUUAUGGAUGUAUUAACAGACCGUAUCGUACUGCUCGCGACUUCUGGCAAGCGAAGGGUCCGUCUGAGAUCCUGGACCGGCUGCAGCGAGGCGACCUGGGCAUCGAAGCCGCGGCCCUCGCGCUCGGAGUCAACCCCGCCAACCUCGCCGCAUACGUCGCCGACGUGUCCGACAAGGACUUCGAGCCCGUGCCCAUCGAGGUGGACCCGUCGCUGAAGCUGCGCGCGCGCACCUACACCACCGCCGUCAAGCCGCGCAAGCCGGACCGGGUGCCUGGCAAGAAGGUGAUGGUAGGCAGCCUGGCUGAUGACGACCCCAUACCAGCGACCGUCAUCACCACACAGGACAAACACAGCCAGCCCGCUUGCAGCGGCAAAUGGCCAUCAAUUCGCGUAGCCAGCCUGGAGUCCCUCCGGGGGUCGGAGGCGCCCACCUCUCCGUCGUCAGCGCCUCCCCCCUCGUCGUCACCGUCACCGGCGCCCUCCCCGUCCCCCUCGCAGCUGAUGCGCACGAGACCCGACCUCACCAUAGUUGCAGCGCGGCACGGCAAGGCGGACUCGUGACACGGACGAUAGGCCGGUAUGCGUAACACGAUUGUCUAGACUUAUUGUUUUAUUUUAAUUGUGUAAAGUGAAAAUCACGUCACGUUUAUUUUGUCACGCAAUUAAUAUAUACUAUUGGCUCAACUGUAACGCGUCACGUUUGUCGUCAAACACGCUAUAUAUUUAUAUAUGUAUGUAGUACAUUCCAAAGGUAGGAGGACCAAAGAUAAACAAAUCUUAUAUUUAUAUAUUCAAUCCGAUUUGUUAAUUGAUUGAUAU